UCGGGGGUAGUGGGGGGAUAUAAGGAGAGAGACAUCAACCAGCAACAUCCAGACCUCGCGCGAACUUCCACCGACGAAAUGAGAACCUCUGUCGCAUACGUCGCCGCCCUUUUCCUCCUUGGCCUCGCUUCGGCCGAAAACGAUCCCAACGAUGACCCGGCCAUCAACUCAUCAUCCUUGGUACACGACAAUGAACUCCGCCCCUUUGAAGGACGUAAAUCGUCUCUGCUAAGGGAUUGGAUCACCGUAACGAACAUAGACCAAAAUAGAGAGAUACACAUAGUAGAAGGGCAGACUCUGCUGUUGUCUUGCCACGGAGUAUCGAGCAGGAUACCGCAAGUAGCAUGGUACAAAGGAAACCUUCGAGUUGCAGAUGACACUGAGGGUGACAGCGAAGAAAACGCCAUUGUGCCAUACGGCGCUAUAAGAGUGGUGCAAAGGUUUAUCGUACCGUGCGCCACGGUAUUGCACAGUGGCAUUUACUACUGCAAAGGGCAUUCAAGAGGUGCCAUGAAUGAAAGCGGACUGACUAACGUUGUCGUACACAGGACAAGGCCCGGAACUAAAUCUCUAGGGUGCAAACUGACAAAAGGCAAAGCGAGGAUCACCUACUUCGUCAAAUUCAUGAUGCAAGUGCAGGGAUUCGAUAUCGUCAUUCCUUGCAAGGCUACGGGUUUGCCCGCUCCAACAAUCACUUGGUCAUGGAUUGGACAUCCUGCCAAAGAGUCAAGAUUCCAGGUACUUGAAAAUGGAGACCUUUUCAUUCCAAAGUUGUCCUGGAAAGAUAUGGGCGUUUAUAGGUGUCAUGCUUCCAAUGAGUUCGGUUCAGACUCCCAUGAUACAUUUGUUUAUCCACUAAAGGAAGAAAAGAAAUAAUCGAUUUCUUUGCAUCCGUCUGCAAUAUUGAAAAUUCCAAAUUCUCUAGUCAUUACUUUAGUUAAUUCCUUGUAUUUUCAAUUUUUAAAAGCAAUUAUAAUUAUUUUAAAAGUAUUGUAUAUUUUGUAAAAGUAUUGUAAAUCUAUUUACUUUUGGCAAUGUGCCAAACGUUUUGUACACUAAAUAAUGACAAAAAAGUAUUUAUUUUGUAUUAAUUAUUAAUUGGUAAUUUCUGAAAAGUACUUUGUAGUACUAAUAAUAUUGAUAUUUUUAAAUUAUCCUAUUUUUAGAAGAUUAUUAACUAAUAAUGAUAUUGUUAUUUUUAAUUUAUUUUAUGUUUUGAAACUACCUCAAGUCAACAAGGCGAUCAAGUGAAGUGUGAAUCACUGUUAUGACAUUGGAAGAAUUGACAAUAUAAUUAUUUAAUUGAUAGUACACCUUUCGUACUAUAACUUUGAAAAUAUGUACCUGUUAAGGUUAUUGGGUAUUUUAAGUUUUUCUUUUUGUUU